GCUCUGCCCGCGUUCCCUAAUUAUAAAGUGCCGCCGCCCGCAGCCGCUCGGCGCCCCCCCGGCGCUCACCGAGGCCGUCCUCGGUGCCCCCCUCCCCGUCCCCAGCGCGGAGUCUCUCUCCGGGGGCGCAGGCUGCCCAGCCCCGCUAUAAAAGGGCUGCGGAUCCGACGCCGGCACCGCAGCAAGGCUCAAAAACCCGCCCGGAGCCCCGAGGGGAGGCAGUGCCCCCAUGGCGUUGCUCCUGCGGCUCGGCUGCUCGCUGCUGGCGCUCAGCACCUGCCUGCUCCCGCGGGUGCGGGCCGACUGCGGCCGCGAGUGCGCGACCUGCGCGUACCGCCUGGGGCCCCGCGCGGACAUCCACCCGCUGGCAUGUACACUAGAAUGUGAAGGAAAGCUGCCUUCUGCCAAGGCCUGGGAGACCUGCAAGGAGCUCCUGCAGCUGACAAAGCUGGACCUUUCUGAGGAUGGCAGCGUUGCUCCAGGAGACAAGAAAGAGCUGGACGAGAACCAUUUGCUUGCAAAGAAGUAUGGAGGCUUCAUGAAAAGAUACGGGGGGUUCAUGAAGAAAAUGGAUGAGCUCUAUCGGGUAGAACCAGAGGAUGAAGCUAAUGGAGGAGAGAUCCUGGCUAAGAGGUAUGGAGGGUUCAUGAAGAAAGACUCAGAUGACGAUGCCCUGGCUAAUUCCUCUGACCUGCUGAAAGAGCUUUUAGGAACAGGGGAUAACCCUGAAGCGGGGCAUUACCGAGAAAUAAGUGAAAAUGAUGGAGACAUCAACAAAAGGUACGGAGGUUUCAUGAGAAGCAUAAAGCGCAGCCCAGAACUGGAAGAUGAAGCCAAAGAGCUGCAAAAGAGAUACGGUGGCUUCAUGAGAAGAGUGGGCAGGCCAGAGUGGUGGCUGGAUUACCAGAAACGGUAUGGUGGGUUUCUUAAGCGCUUCGCCGACUCCAUUCUCCCUUCAGAAGAAGAUGGGGAAACUUAUUCCAAAGAGGUCCCAGAGAUGGAAAAGAGAUAUGGUGGAUUUAUGAGAUUUUAAUAUCUUUCCCUUUAUCCCUUUUGUCCGAAAUGAGAGAGACUGCCUUAUUGGUCAUAACUUAUUGUAACGUGUUGCUUGUACUGUACAGUUUUUUACUGUCCUGGUUAAUGAUGCAACCUGCGAUCUGUUGUUCCAGGUCCUGUGUUCUUUCAAGUCAAAUAGCUAACUUCUGUUUUAGUCAAGUUUCAGUCUGUAUUGUAGUUACCAUGCUAUUUUGAUUACUGUAUUCAUUUUCUUUAAUCAGGAAGUACAUCUACAGUAGAAUUGCUUAACUGUAUAUAUAAUAAAUUCUUCAUCCUAAUGCAUAA